AUGCUUUCCCGAACUGUAUUCAGAGCUGCGCGACCAUGCUGCCGUCUCUAUUCCAGCACGACGGGCACUGGAACCGCGCCCCCAUUGCUGCUUAAGAUCCGCAAGGAUCUCAAAACCGCCAUGCAAGACAAAGACAAGAACAAGCUCAACGUCCUCCGCGCGCUGCUCUCGCAAUCCCUCAACGCCUCCAAGACCAACUCGCCCAUCGUGACAGACAUGCAGAUGCUUGCUCUCGUGCGCAAGAACGCCGCGGCGAGCAAACAGGCCGCUGCCGAGUUCGUGGAGGCGGGGAGGCAGGAUUUGGCGGACAAGGAGACGGAGCAGGUGAGGGUUAUGGAGGAGUAUAUUGGGGAGGUUAAGACGGUGGGGGAGGAGGAGAUUAGGACGGUUGUUGGGGGGGUGGUGGAGGGGUUGAGGAAGGAGGCCGGGGAGAAGAAGGUGCAGAUGGGGGAGGUGUUGAAGAAGGUUUUUAGUAAGGAGGUGUUGGGGGAGAGGAAUGUGGAGAGGGCGGAUGUGGCGAGGAUUGUGAAGGAGUUGUUGGCGUAGGGGAUUGAUAGUCAGCGGGUUUUGGCUGGAGGGGUUGUACGAUGCAAUUGAGCACUGGGGGUGGCUGGGAACGGAAUAUUGUGAGUGCCAUUGAGGCAUUUAUUGUACAGUACAUUUAUAUACAUCUAAUGAGACGCUACUCCUAUC